CCGCUGCUUGCCGGGCCCCGCCUCGAGGAGGAGGGGCGGCCGCGGCCGUUCCGCCCUCAGCCGGCGCUCCUGCGGCCCAGUCGCCGCGGGCAUGGGGGAGCGCCGGGGGCGAGCGGCCCUGCAGGAGGCGGCCGAGCCGGAGCGGAGCUCCUCUCCAACUGCAGCUGAAAAUGGCUUGAAACCUCAUGAGGAGCCUCUUCUCAGGAAAAAUCCCCGUCGGUUCGUCAUCUUCCCCAUCCAGCACCCGGACAUAUGGAAGAUGUACAAACAGGCCCAGGCCUCCUUUUGGACGGCAGAAGAGGUUGAUUUAUCAAAGGACCUUCCUCACUGGAACAAGCUGAAAGCAGAUGAAAAGUACUUUAUCUCUCAUGUUCUCGCCUUCUUUGCAGCCAGUGAUGGAAUUGUAAAUGAAAACCUGGUGGCACGCUUUAGUCAGGAGGUGCAGAUCCCAGAAGCUCGUUGUUUCUAUGGCUUCCAGAUUCUCAUUGAGAAUGUCCACUCGGAGAUGUACAGCUUGCUUAUAGACACUUACAUCAAAGAUCCUGAGAAAAGGGAUUUUUUAUUUAAUGCUAUUGAAACAAUGCCUUGUGUCAAGAAGAAAGCAGACUGGGCUCUGAAGUGGAUUGAAGACAGAGAAUCAACUUUUGGUGAGAGAGUGGUUGCCUUUGCUGCAGUUGAAGGCAUCUUCUUUUCGGGUUCAUUUGCUGCUAUAUUUUGGCUGAAGAAGAGGGGCCUGAUGCCUGGAUUGACUUUCUCCAAUGAACUUAUUAGCAGAGAUGAGGGUCUACACUGUGAUUUUGCUUGUCUAAUGUUCCAUUAUUUAGUGAACAGACCAUCAGAAGAGAGAGUCCGGGAGAUCAUUGUUAACGCUGUUGAAAUUGAACAGGAGUUUCUCACAGAGGCAUUACCUGUAGGUCUGAUUGGAAUGAAUUGCACUUUGAUGAAGCAGUAUAUUGAAUUUGUCGCAGACCGGUUACUAAUGGAGCUCGGGUUCUCGAAGGUCUUUCAUGCGGAAAAUCCUUUUGAUUUCAUGGAGAAUAUUUCUCUGGAAGGAAAAACGAAUUUCUUUGAGAAGCGAGUUUCGGAGUAUCAACGUUUUGCUGUUAUGGCAGAAACAAUGGACAAUGUUUUCACUCUGGAUGCAGAUUUUUGAUGCCUUGGCAAACUAACAGUGACUGUUUCCCUCUCCCCAUCUCACUUUCUGCUGUGAAGUUGUCUCCAUUUCCUCUGCUGGAGUUGGAGUCUACUGGGAUUUUUUCCUGGGUUUUCAUGUUGUUUUUUUUUUUUUUUAAGAGUAAAUGCAUUUUGCUCUGUGUCUUUAAAAAAAAGAAAAAAAGAGAAAGGGGUUCUUUUUAAAAAAUUUAUAAAGCUUUUUAAAAGGACGGCCUUUUUAAGAUUCCCGUGGUUAAUCUGCUGUAACUGCUGUCUUUAAAGAUGAUCUGGGUACUGCUACUUUUUUAAAGACUUCAGUAGUGUUUUAAGAAAGCGAGCAGCUUAUUUACUUCAUAUUGUAGUACUUUAGUCUGAAAAACAGAUGAGGUAUCACUCUAUGUAUAUAUGUUGCUAUAAAUUAUUUUCAUGGUUACAUUUUCAUGUUUAUAAAUCUGAUCAACAGUAAAAGCUCUUCCCUUUUGUCCUGCUGCAGGUAGAGUAAUAGGGGACUCUGAGAAGACAUGAGUUCAAUAGGGUAGGAGCUAUCCCUUGUUACCUGCAAAAGUUUUUACUCAGUUGGCAAACAUGAUGGCUGUUGGUAGGAGUACAAAACAAUAUAUAUGAGUUUUGUAUUGCAGCUGUUAUCAAGCAUGUCAGCGGACCUUGAAUGGUCCUUGACAAGGCAAGCCUGUUAAUCGUGGAGAAAAAACGCAUCCUGUAGUUCUCUGGCUUGUGCUGUUUUUCACUGCUUCUAUGAACAAGUGCCUUAUAACACAGUUUGUGAUUCUGCUGUGCUGCGCAGCUGGAGCAGCGAGCACUGGGUGUUGUCUGUCCUCUCUCUGUUGUGCUAGACGGUUGGAUGUUCUCUCCUCCAUUUUGUUGUGCACUGAUGAGAGGGAGAAGGCAUAUUGUUGUAAGGGAUGGUUCCUUGGGGUGCUACAAACGAUGCUGCUUGAGCUGUGGAGAAACACCAGUAAUGUACUGGAGGUACUUCAGCUUGUUUGUUUAAUGUGAACCAUUAAAAGUAUUGUCACAGCAAAGCUUCUGCAGGAAGGUAUUAAACCUUUCAGAAACAAGUCUUGAAGUACUACGGAUUGGCAGCAUCUUACAAAGGACUGCUGUUGGUUUUUUAGCGCGUUCCAGUUUGUGCCCCCAAGAUUGUAAGUUUCUUUAUACUGCAUGCAGAGAAUGGAGCAUUUGAAGACAACCUUAAAAUAUUGCAGUGAUACUCAGAAUGGAAGGGGUAGUAUUCAUGUACAGGUGGAUUGUUUGCAAAUAGAGAGCUUUUUUUUUUUACCUAGGAUGACAUAAGUGUACAUGAGAUAGACAAAGAGUUCUACCUUAUUAAACUCAAGCAUUUUUUCACAAGAUUAAGCAAUUUGCUUAAGAGCUUUUAUAAGUCCUUUCUGUUGUUGCAAACACCUUGUGCUGCUUUAAAUAUACCUGGCAUGAGAUGAGCUGGCAGCAUUUAGUGGUUGGGGGGGUGGUAUAGGGUUAUUUCCCCACCAGCCCAGAUUAGCCAUAGCCCCAGGUAGCUGCACUCCAUGAAGUGGGUUCACUGCGAUAGCGUAGAUCCUAGUGAACCUCUUUCUUUGCUGUGAACAUUAGCAGCAAAACUGACUUUUUGUUUGGCUGCAGUAAGAUCAUGGAAUAGGUAGCGAGCAUAUGAGCAUGACAGCUUUUUGUUUUUUUCCUAGAGAAGAGCCUGCAUCAUUUGACAUGAGGUACUUGUGGGGAGAGAGGGAAACCUGGAGAAUGCAGAGAAAAAACAGAUCUGCUGUUGCUGAGUAAUGUUCUAUAACGGCAAGAGAACUGUGGAAUCGAGAGUUAAAAUCCUGCACCUUUUGCAAAUACUGUAUUGAUUUUGGAGAUGCUGUAAAUGGUUCAGUUGUUGGAGGAAUGGAAAGUGUUUUGAUGUCACUGAAAGAAAUAAAAAGCAUUUGUUUUGAGUGCUGUCAACUGAGAGUAUGCAAA